AUGGCGAGACCGGAGUUUACUUGCGACCUACUCUACCUUAGGGUGCGCAGGUGCAAAGCAAAGAAGAAGGUUGAGAAGAAGGCAGAGAAGUGCCUGCGGAGGGCGAUUAAAUCAAAGCCGAAAGUGUCCAGCGUCUCGCUCUACGACGACUGUCUCAGAUUCAGCAAUAAAAAGUGUGUUGUGGACUUUGCCAAGGUGACGCACAUUAUCAAGUACAAGGAGGAUCUCAUCCUCGUGGUCCGACUAAACACUGACGUCAACAAGAAGUGUCUCUACGUCACGAUGAAGUUCAAGACGGUGAAUGGUUAUGUUAACAUCCUGUACAAUAUGGGUGUGAAGGCCAGCGUGGAUAUAUCGGAGAAUGGCGACGGUAGAAGGCAGGAGCCUGCCAGCAAGUCAGCCAACGCGAAGUCGCCAUCACGAGGCUGUUUGCAGUUACAGCUGGACUCGCCCGAGACGAUUCUUCCACGGGGUCGCAGGAGUGUUUCUGAUUCCCAGACAUUCCGCGUCGAAACGAAGAUCAAGAAGGCGAAGGACUGUGAGGAGACUAGGCAACAAUCCUGCGUCAAAGAACCCACGACAAUCGAGAUUCCACCGAGUUGGAAGCUGCCAAGGACCAAGAUCCUGGGCGCGAAUCGCAGCUUUAAAAGGGAGUCCGGUCUUGAGGUGUCGUCUCUGGACUCACUCUACACCAGUGAGACUUCCGAUUUUGAUGCAUUUUUCGUGCCCACCGACAGCGACAGCGAGACAUCGCUGAGUCGGGGGAGGGUGAAUCGAUGGCGCGGUAACCGACGGAGCGGAAACUACAACACUUCCAGGCGGACGGGCAAUGCCGAAUUCACGUGGGACAGCCUGGGAAACCCCAUACGCAUUCUGAGGCCUCGCACAUGA